UCGUGUCGUGCAAAGAGUUGAGGGCGUUGAUCGGGUCUGGUCGAAUUAAUUUCCCUAUUUCCUCUGUGUGAAGCGACUGCUGUAUCAGCGAGCGCAGGAAAACGGUGAAAACAAUGGUGGUUCUAGUGUAGUGUCUUACUGCUCAGGAAUAGUUCGAUCUUCUUCGCGUCUUCGCCUGCUCCGCUCCGGUCGUCAGUCGGUGUUGGUGAAACGAUGCACACCUGAUUUGCACUUCAGCAGUUCAGAAAACCGUCGAAGACACAUAUCCGCGGAACGCGCGAGCAUCAAUUUGUCCACAAUCAUCACGACCAGCGGGUGAAAAUUAGUUCCUCCUCGGGCCCGGCACGGUUUUUUUCGGUGAGAGUCUGUCUGCAUUUUUGUUGUCACUUAUCUGUGUAAAGUGUGCGUGCAGUUUUUUGUUCCCUUUAGUGUAGUGGCCAACCGGAAAGUGGUAAAAAGUUUGCUUUGCUCGAAAGCAGCAUCUACAUCCGCGCCGCCUUGUUCUGCUUCGUCCGGCGCAAUUUUACCCCAACAGGGCGGAGUUAAUUAUCAGUAAAGUUUUUUCCCCCCCCUGCCUUCUGUACAAACCGUGCGGGUGUGUUCAAUCAAGUGUUUCGGCCAAACCGUUACUAUUACCGUACGGUAGUGAGCCAGCAACCGUGUGUGCAUUUGUUGCUGGCCAGGCGCCACUGGAAGAGACAUCGGCGUUGCAUUAUUAAUUAUCCCGUGCACUUGUGCCCAUUUCAUUUGCAAGGAGCACAGGCGUCUAGUCUAGUUGGAAAAGCCAUUUUCCAAGCGGAUCAUACCGCCGACAAAAUUGAGGAACCACGGGCGAACGGCAGCAAAAAAGACGGCGGUAUGGAAGUGAGCACCCAUACAACUUCGACGCUCAGUCGAAGCAACAGCCGGACCAGCUCAAACUCGGAGCUGGAAAAGGAGCUGAUCGAUCUCGACCUCAGCGGGGGCACGCACAACAAAUCGAACACACUGAAGAAGCGCAUCUCGAGCAGUCGGACGCCGGCGAAAAAAGCGAAACGGAUACGAUUUUUUCGUAACGGCGACAAGUUCUAUCCCGGCAGCACGAUACCGGUCUCGGUAGAGCGUUACAGAUCUUUCGAUAGUUUGACGGAAGAUUUAACGCGACUGCUCGAGGACAGCGUCACACUGACGGGUGCGAUUCGGGCAAUCUACACCCUCGAGGGUAAGAAGAUCGAGAAGGUGGACGAUCUGGAGGACGGAAAGAGCUACGUAUGUUCCUGCAACAAUGAAGGUUUCAAGCGGAUAGAGUAUAAUGUAUUAAACACCAACACCAAGAACCCCAACAGACUGUCUAGAAUAAUACGCCCACUUUCACCGGUAAAAAACGGAGGCUCUAAUGGUGGCACCCCGCUGAAAGAGAUCGACUCGGUGGUGCAUCCCCGGAUCGUGACGCUCAUAAGAAAUGGCGUGAAGCCACGAAAGAUCCUACGAUUACUGCUGAACAAACGCAACAGUCCAACGUACGAGCACGUGCUGACGGCCAUCACACAGUGCGUCAAGCUGGACACGGGCUGCGUACGGAAGGUGUUCACCGUUUCGGGUGUCCCGGUGCAGCAGCUGGCACAGUUCUUCGGGGACGAUGACGUAUUCUUUGCGUACGGCAACGAACGGGUCGGUGUGAACGAUUUCGAGCUCGAGGCGGAAGAAAGUAAGGCGAUCGCGGCCCACCGGAAAACGCUCCGCAGCAGUACGACGCGGACGGGACCGAAGCCCAAGAUGCCGGUCAAGAGCCACAACGAUACGUUCGUUUGCGUGGACGAAUCGGUGCUAAAUGGGGGCAUCCUGCCCGAUUCGUUGCCACUGGAACUGCAGGCGAAAUACACCCUUGGGACAGUGAUUGGUGACGGAAACUUUGCCGUAGUACUGAAGCUAAAAGACAAGCAGAAAAACACCGAAUUUGCAUUGAAAAUUAUCGAUAAGUCGAAAUGUUCCGGCAAGGAUCACUACCUAGCAGCGGAGAUUCGGGUAAUGAAGAAGCUAAACCAUCCGUACAUCAUCCAGCUGGUGCACGACAUCGAAACGAUCAAAAACAUGUACCUCGUGCUGGAACUGGUGCGCGGGGGCGAUCUGUUCGAUGCCAUAACGCGGGUGACGCGCUUCUCCGAGAACCAGUCGAAGAUCAUGAUGAAACACCUGGCGUCCGCCAUGGCUUACAUGCAUUCCCUUAGCAUCGUCCAUCGGGACAUCAAACCGGAGAAUUUACUGGUGGAACUAGACAGUGAUGGUAAUGUGGUCCUGCUGAAGCUUGGAGACUUUGGACUGGCCUGUGAAGUGACGGAACCGUUGCUUUCUAUCUGUGGAACCCCGACCUAUGUCGCACCGGAGAUACUCAUGGAAUCGGGCUACGGUGUGAAGAUUGACGUUUGGGCCGCCGGUAUCAUACUGUACAUUCUGCUGUGCGGUUUCCCACCGUUCGUGUCACCCGAGAACCAGCAGGAGCAGCUGUUCGAUGCCAUCCUGAACGGGUACUUUGACUUUCCCGCACCUUACUGGAACAACAUUGGCGACAGUGUGCGCGAUCUGAUCAUCAACAUGCUGCAAUCCGAUCCGGAGCUGCGGUUUUCCAGCGAGGACAUUCUCGACCACCCGUGGCUCACGAGCGACAUCGUGGACGAUACGCGCGAUCCGGACGGGCUCGUUCUUGGAGAAAAUUGUGUUCCACUCGAGACGACGGUGGUGGCAAUUCCAAUCAGCAUCCAAUAAUAAGGGACGCCGUGUCGCUUUGGUGAGAGAUCGAUACAAAAACAAUCACAAAAUUACAUAAAGGACGGCCAGAAAAGAAAAUCUCGUUCCUAGAAGGCGCCUCAUAAAAACCUCAUCCAAAUCUCACAGUGGAUACACACACACAUAAUGCUGCGAGUGGGAUGGAAGCGACCGAGGAAGGUUUGUGUGCCACUCUUUAUUUUGCUAUCAAUUUUUUGCUUUUAACUGAACAGCAUCACAUUGGUUUGACGACACCGUUUCGGUAAACGUUUUGUUGUACAUAUUGCUUCACGAAGAUGUAUUUAUUUCUAGCGUGUAUUAUGUUAUAAAUCCAGCGAAAGUAGUGAAUAAUUAUUAUGCCUCGUAUUUCUACGACUAUUCGGUUGUUUGUUUUGUAGCACCAUUUGCAUCACAUUAGUUAGCAGCAGUUUAGUGUUUGUACUUUUCUACUCCUUUACCACCACUACUCACUGCUACUAGUCUUUAUUAGUGUUUUGAAGAAUUGAUGACGGCGUAUCGCCGAUUAGCUUGGGGAAGAAUCAAGCGUGAGCAAACUUAGAAACAUCCCAUGAGUACACACCAUUGCGAAGAUGAAACUUAAACACAAACAGCAAGUUCUUCUUUUUUCUAUUUAUUUACCUCCGUAAAGAUGACAUUGCAUAGAUAGAGCAUUAUAAAACAAAUGAAAUUAGAAGGAAAAAACUCGACGGAUUAAAGAAGAAUUGUAAGGAGAGUUGCUAAGCAAAUGUUAUGUUUAAGUCAGUCAAUGUCGAAGCUUGGGAACGGUUUGAUUGUUCUUCUUUUUUUUUUGUUAAAGCGAAAAGAUUUAUGCUACUCUAGUAAGUGCUGGUGUGUUAUCAUUUAAGAUAGGCACGUUUAGUAUUUGUUUUUAUGCAUAUUAGGGGUGAAUAAGGCUAAACAUUGGUAGCUUUCAUACUUCUGGUCAUACGAGACUCAAAUUGCAAAGAAAGGAUCAAAAAGCACCAAUGGUCUGUGCGUGUAACAACGGGACGGUAGAAACAUUUUGAUAAGAAACAAAAACGAUCCAAAAUUUAAUUAUAUUUAGGCUCAAAACAAAACAUCGCCAGACUGGGAAACUCCGUCACGGCGGGAAUAUUAGGUUUUUAUUUUGGAAACGAACGAUAUUUGUAAACACGAAAAGAAAUUGAAAAACCAAUCUCCCCACUAUUGUAGGACGCUUUUGUUUUCACCACAUGAACAUGAAAUACACUGAACGCUAAAGAUGUAAGAUCUCAAAUUGCA